GACCGCUGGUAACCUCACUGACGUCCCCGAUGCCCCAAGCACGCGCCACCUCCAGCGCACCAAUCAGUGACAGAGAAACGCCCUGACGUCACCCAGUAGGUUCCGGGCUGGAAGGACUGUCCCCGGCAAUGCUCAGAUUCAUAAAUUUAUUAAAUUUCAUCACCGUUUGGUGAUCGAUAACCCGACACACGGCGUCAGCAGGUGAUGUUGAUAUGAUGUCAGAGCUUUUACAAGGAUAGGUAGACUUCCCGCGGGGACGCAGGCGUAGCGGUUGAGGAGAGAGGUCUGGUUGACUCACUCGCACGAAGAAACCACCGCCUGCAUUCUUGAUCUAGUCAAAACACUUGAGGAGCAGAGACGCUUGCAUCUGGUUUGAUUCAUCUCUAAUUCGGACUCCAUCCUUCAUCCAAAGAUGAAGUUGAAGGAGGAUAUGAACCCCGUGCUGCUGCAGGUCUUCCGCUCCGUGGUCUGGGUCUACUCCGUCAUCACCUUCAUACCGUGGUAUUUCUUCUCCGGAGCUGGCGGCAACUUGGAACGAUCUCGCCGGAUCAAGGCACGCUCGAUUAGUGGAAAACCAGCAGGGCCUUACAGGUCUGUCACCAGCCAAGAGAAGCUGGUGGCAUGCCUGUACCCCGGGGUGGACACCCUGGACAAACUGUUUGAAUACGCUGCUACAAAGUUUCCACAGAGAGACUGUCUGGGCACCAGAGAGGUGCUCAGUGAGGAGGAUGAGCUCCAGCCUAACGGCAAGGUCUUCAAGAAGGUCAUUCUGGGGAACUAUAACUGGCUGUCAUAUGAGGAAGCCUACCAUGCAGCCAAGUGUUUUGGCAGCGGUCUGGCAGCUCUCGGCCAGAGGCCCCAGUGUAACAUCGCCAUCGUCUGCGAGACCAGAGCAGAGUGGAUCAUGGCGGCACAAGCUUGCUUCAUGUACAAUUUCCCACUUGUGACCCUGUACGCCACUCUCGGAGCCACAGCCAUCGUCCACGGUCUGAACGAGACCGAGGUUACACAUAUCAUCACGAGCAAGGACCUGCUUCAAGGCCGCCUAAAGACAAUACUGUGCGACGUGCCGAGGGUGCAGCAUGUCAUUGUAGUCGACAGCAAACCCACAAGCUGGCCAAACAUCCCCAGAGGCAUCAUGGUCUACAACAUGGAUGCAGUGAAGGAGAUGGGAUCCAAGCCUGACAACAUAGCAGUAGACCGCAGACAGCCAGAGCCCUCGGACAUCGCCGUCAUCAUGUACACCAGCGGCUCCACAGGCAUCCCCAAGGGUGUCAUGAUCUCCCAUGGCAACAUCGUUGCUGGAAUCACUGGCAUGGCUGAGCGAAUCCCUGACCUCAAUGAAACAGACACCUACAUAGGCUACCUGCCGCUGGCCCAUGUCUUAGAGCUCAGCGCCGAACUGGUGUGCAUCUCACACGGCUGUCGCAUCGGCUACUCCUCUCCACAGACUCUUGCCGACCAGUCCACCAAGAUAAAGAAGGGCAGUAAAGGGGACACCAGUAUGCUGAAACCUACUCUAAUGGCUGCUGUACCAGAGAUCAUGGAUCGAAUCUACAAGAAUGUGAUGACCAAAGUGGAGGAAAUGAGCAAAUUCCAGAAGACGCUCUUUGUGCUGGCUUACAACUACAAGAUGGAGCAGAUCUCAAAGGGCUACAGCACGCCUCUCUGCGACAGUCUGGUGUUCAAACGGGUGCGUGCGCUCCUGGGAGGAAACACGCGGGUGCUGCUUUCUGGCGGGGCUCCACUCUCAGCCGCAACACAGCGCUUCAUGAACAUCUGCUUGUGCUGCCCUGUGGGACAGGGCUACGGCCUGACGGAGACCUGUGGAGCUGGCACCAUCAGUGACAUGUGGGACUACAGCACAGGACGGGUCGGUGCUCCACUGGUUUGUUCUGAGAUCACGCUGAAGGACUGGGAGGAGGGUGGUUACUACAGCACGGACAAGCCCAACCCGCGGGGGGAAAUCCUGAUCGGCGGUCCCAACGUAACAAUGGGUUACUACAAAAACCAAACCAAGAACCGCGAAGACUUCUUUGUGGAUGAGAACGGCCAGCGAUGGUUCUGCACCGGAGACAUCGGAGAGUUCCACCCUGACGGAUGCCUCAAGAUCAUCGACCGCAAGAAGGACCUGGUGAAAUUGCAGGCAGGCGAGUACGUCUCUUUAGGAAAAGUGGAGGCCGUUCUGAAGAACUGUUCACUCAUAGAUAACAUCUGUGCCUAUGCCAACAGCGACCAAUUCUACGUGAUCAGCUUUGUGGUGCCUAACCAGAAGCAGCUACUGGCGCUGGCGGAGCAGAUGGAGGUGAAGGGCACAUGGGAGGAAAUCUGCAACAAUUCCCAGAUGGAGAAAGAGGUCCUCCGCAUCAUCACAGAGGCUGCUAUCUCAGCAAAACUGGAGCGAUUUGAGAUCCCCAAGAAGAUCCGCCUGAGCGCUGAGCCCUGGACACCAGAGACUGGCUUGGUCACGGACGCAUUCAAACUGAAACGCAAGGAGCUCAAAACACACUACCAGGAAGACAUUGAGAGGAUGUACGGUGGAAAAUAACACGCAGACACACUCCAAACGAUGUAGAAACACAUACACAUACAGUAUAUACUUGCAGUCAUACACGAGGAGCUCAGAAGCCACUACCCGGACUACUUGGAGAGGAGUUUAGAUACAGAUAACACACACACACACACACACUCACAAAUUAAUACAGACAUAUAAAGCGUCUCAUGCACCUCCUCCUCGGCUUCUCCGCGACCAGCUUUGAUCAAAGGAUGGAGUAUCAAAGGAAGGAAUCCAAGCUUAAUGCUCUCUGUCAAGUCCAAAAGGCAAGAAGGUGCCCACAUGGACAACCGAACCAGCACCACACCCUCACUGAUGGAUCUAGCCCGUUGGGUUGCUAUAGCAACCUAGCCGGCACACGGAAGUCGGAAUGCCUGCGCAGCUCGGAGCGAAACAAACGUCAGGCUAGAUGUAUCUGGAUCAACGCGCCCCUCUCUGUCGCUUCUCUCUCUUCUCCUCCCCCUUUUUGCUCUCUGGAGCCCUCCACCAGUUCAGCAUGGUCGUGGAAGUGCAAAUACCUGGCAGGGAAAUAGGGGAAGGGUAGCAUGAGCCCGAUAGAGCGAUCCCUCCUGGGCUUUAAGUAACAUUCAGGUUGGAAUCUAUGCAGGGAUCUCUAUUAUCUCUUUUAAUGUCUUUUCUUUUUUAUUGUAAUCCGUGUUGCUGUUUGGUUCAUGUUUGGUUUGUAAGCUUUGAAACCUAUUUUAUUUCUGGUGUGGUGUUGCAACGCCAUGGGAGAUUUUUUUUUUUUAAAUACCUUUUUUAUAUUGUGUUUUUUUUAAUUACUUUAUCCUCCUGUUUUUUUUAUUGCCAAGGUGUUCACGUUAAUUGUACUUUAAUGAUCUUUGUUUACAAGUCUUUUUCUCCACUUAUUUGUCCCAAAGUUUGUAUUAUUUUUUUUAUUUUUUUUUUUUGAGUGUGUGUUUACUGACUCGACUUGUAGAAGCGAUCCCGUCUUCAGUCCCUUCUGCGCUCGGCCUUUGCAGCAGGGCCAAAACAUCAAUUGUAAAAGGCAUCCAAUGGGAAAUGUUUCCAUCCCUGCUCUUUCACCCUUGACUUUCAUUUUCUUUCCAUACCCUAGGACCCCCUUGGAUGCCUCCCAACCUGUGUCUUAUUGAUUAUUAUGUUGGUUCAUUGACAUACUAUAGCCCUGCCACAUCUGCCACGUAUUCCUCCAGUCAUGACCAAUGCACCGUAUGGAUGUCUCCAAGGGAACUUAGUCUACUGUAGAAAAAAUAGCUAGCCUUUCUUUGGUUGCUCUUCCAGUUACUUUAUGGUGCAACUGUACAUGUUAUCCUUAUACGCUGUAGGUGUAGUUACUGUACUUUUUAUUUUUAUUUUUACUUACUCUAAAUAUAAAAUACAAAAUGAAUGUGCAAUAUUUAUACACAAAUUUUAAAAUGAAAGUAUGUAGGAAAGAAAAAAAACGCACAUACAGAAGCCCCUCCAUAGUGUAUGAAUGUUCAAGUCUGUUACUAUCCACUUCUGUGCGUAUCGGAGACCCGGCGGAACAUAAACAUAGGAAAUAAGAAGAGGAUGGUAGAGACACUGAUAAGGAAGUGUAGACGUAGCCCAUUUGAACGUGCUCUGCUAAACAAUGUAAUGUUCUUUUUAAUAAGGCUGUAAAAUGGAAAAAAAGUCUUUAUAUUUGGCAUUGUAAAAAAAAAAAAAAUGCAUGAUGAAAAGGUGCAACUGUACCAAAGCACUUGAAUAUAUAUUUGAGAAAUAACAGAAUCGCACUCUAGUCGAACAACUGAAGCAACUCCUUAUUUAAUGAGUAUACGGUAUAUAGCGUGAGCGCUCGUGACCUCAGAGUGCAAUUAACAGUUCUGUAUCUUCAAAUUAAUUUAUGUGUAUGAUACUGUAUGUGAUAUAUCUAUAAAAAAAACGGUCUACAGUGUUACAGAUUAUGUCAAAUGCCAUUUAUUUGAUAACAUAACGUUCAGCGGUAGAUUUUAAGACUGGCAUUUUUGCUUCAGCAGGGCAGAAGUUUAAACAGUGUUUGGUCAGUGGGUCUUUCUAAGAGUCACAUCUGUCUCUCAGUCACCCUUUUCACAUUCAGGCAUUUAGCAUUAAUUAAUGGUACAGGCAGGCGCACUAACUGCUUCUCAUGUUUACUAGUUCAACGCUGAAGUAUGGACGCCCCGAAAGGCAAGUGAGGGGAAAGAAAUCUCAGAAUCCAUUUUUUAAAAGUUUGAUCUAUUUAUUUUAUUUUCGUUUUUUUUUUUUUUUUUAAUUGUCUGUCAAGAGUUUGUUAUUGAAAUACUGAUUUCAUCCACUAGAGGCAGAUGUGCACCACUGUCCCAUGUGCUAAAUAGGACUAAAAAAACAUUUGUCUUUUAAUCUUAUUCGGAUAAAGACAGGGAAGGAAGGAAAAAAAUGUUUUUUUCCUAACUAAGAUUAUCCGUUUAGAUCCGACUUUUAAAAAAAAUUAAUCGACAGAUUGUUUUUUUCUCACUUGCCUCUCAGUGCUUCCGUACGGAAGGCUUAUUUUAACGUGUAUAAAUUUGAUGACACUAUCAUGACGAGGUGGGAACUCCCUUCCUGUUUUUUAUAACACAUCUCUCUCCUGACAUUUCAGCGGAAAGUCAGUAGCUUACUGUGCUGUUUGCUGCUUUUCCUCUGCCUGGCUAGAGGCGGCCAGUUGCCUUCUGACACACAUGAGCUGUCUUUAAGGGUCUUAAGAAUGUGAAGUGCUCCCCCCGUGUUUCGUUGAUAGCACACAUGCCGUGUCCUGCUACAUCCAUUUGCAAGGCAAAGACAGCUGGUGGUGCAAAGACGAAUUUCAGCACUCCUGCUGUUGUUGUUGUCGCUUGCAUUGUAAAUAGGUUGAGAGGGGAUCAGUGAUCAAAGUUCAUUCAAACUACAAAUAAUUGUAUAGGUUUAAAGUCUCCUGUAACAUAUUUAAUAAUCUUUAUUACUGACCAGUUUUUGGGGUCUUUUCCUUGUUUUUUUGUGUGGUUAAGUGGCCCUGCAAGCUGGGCUAUUGCAAGUGUCUCCUUCCUUAUUUAUUUGUGAUUUGGCCUUGAAAAAUACAUAAUGAAAUAAAAAAAGGUUUGUGUUGUAA